AUAGUCGAUAGCUCGAUAAGAAAAUCAUUAAAUUUAUCGAAGCUCUGAUCUCCGUUGGACAUUAUCAUCGAAAAAACUAUAAAAAUGCGUGUGGCAUUUUUACUUCUGACUUUGGCGGUCAUUGCUGUUUAUGAUUCAGCACCUACCUUAGUUCCUUGUAUGAAAAGCAUUACCAGAAUGACAGGCAAAUUACCUGGAGGUAGUAUGGUAGAAGGAAUUAUGGGUGGCGGCAAAAGCGGUGGUGGGAAAAGCAGUGGUUGCAAAAGUUGUGGUGGCGGACACGGUGGUGGCGGACACGGUGGUGGCGGACACGGUGGUGGCGGAAGCAGUGGUGGCGGACACGGUGGUGGCGGAAGCAGUGGUGGCGGACACGGUGGUGGCGGAAGCAGUGGUGGCGGACACGGUGGUGGUGGAAGCAGUGGUGGCGGACACGGUGGUGGCGGAAGCAGUGGUGGCGGACACGGUGAUGGCGGAAGCAGUGAUGGUGGAAGCGGUAAUGGCGGGAGCUGUAAUAGUGGUGGAAGCGGUGGUGGUGGAAACAGUGGCGGCGGAAGCAGUGGUGGUGGAAGCAGUGGCGGCGGAAGCAGUGGUGGCGGAAGCAGCCAGGGCAACAGUGGCAGCGGGAGCAGUAGUGGCAGCCAAGCCAGCAGCCAAGCCAACAGCACCGCCAGCAGCAACGCCAGCGGCGGUAGUGGUGGAAGCGGUGGUGGUGGAAGCAGUGGUGGCGGAAGCAGCCAGGGCAACAGUGGCAGCGGGAGCAGUAGUGGCAGCCAAGCCAGCAGCCGAGCCGACAGCAGCGCCAGCAGCACUGCCAGCGGCGGUAGCGGUGGAAGCGGUAAUAGCGGGAGCUGUGGUCGCGGUGGAAGCGGUGGUGGCGGAAGCAGUGGUGGUGGAAGCAGUGGUGGUGGAAGCAGUGGUGGCGGAAGCAGCCAGGGCAACAGUGGCAGUGGGAGCAGUAGUGGCAGCCAAGCCAGCAGCCAAGCCAACAGCACCGCCAGCAGCAACGCCAGCGCCGGUAGCGGUGGAAGCGGUAAUGGCGGGAGCUGUGGUGGUGGAAGCAGUGGCGGUGGAAGCAGUGGUGGUGGAAGCAGUGGUGGCGGAAGCAGUGGUGGUGGAAGCAGUGGCGGUGGAAGCAGUGGUGGUAAAAGCAGUGGUGGCGGAAGCAGCCAGGGCAACAGUGGCAGCGGGAGCAGUAGUGGCAGCCAAGCCAGCAGCCAAGCCAACAGCACCGCCAGCAGCAACGCCAGCGCCGGUAGCGGUGGAAGCGGUACUGGCGGGAGCUGUGGUGGUGGAAGCAGUGGCGGUGGAAGCAGUGGUGGUGGAAGCAGUGGUGGCGGAAGCAGUGGUGGUGGAAGCAGUGGCGGUGGAAGCAGUGGUGGUAAAAGCAGUGGUGGCGGAAGCAGCCAGGGCAACAGUGGCAGCGGGAGCAGUAGUGGCAGCCAAGCCAGCAGCCAAGCCAACAGCACCGCCAGCAGCAACGCCAGCGCCGGUAGCGGUGGAAGCGGUACUGGCGGGAGCUGUGGUGGUGGAAGCAGUGGCGGUGGAAGCAGUGGUGGCGGAAGCAGUGGUGGUGGAAGCAGUGGCGGUGGAAGCAGUGGCGGUGGAAGCAGUGGUGGCGGAAGCAGCCAGGGCAACAGUGGCAGCGGGAGCAGUAGUGGCAGCCAAGCCAGCAGCCAAGCCAACAGCACCGCCAGCAGCAACGCCAGCGCCGGUAGCGGUGGAAGCGGUAAUGGCGGGAGCUGUGGUGGCGGAAGCAGUGGUGGUGGAAGCAGUGGCGGUGGAAGCAGUGGUGGUGGAAGCAGUGGUGGCGGAAGCAGCCAGGGCAACAGUGGCAGCGGGAGCAGUAGUGGCAGCCAAGCCAGCAGCCAAGCCAACAGCACCGCCAGCAGCAACGCCAGCGCCGGUAGCGGUGGAAGCGGUAAUGGCGGGAGCUGUGGUGGUGGAAGCAGUGGCGGUGGAAGCAGUGGUGGUGGAAGCAGUGGCGGUGGAAGCAGUGGUGGUGGAAGCAGUGGCGGUGGAAGCAGUGGUGGUGGAAGCAGUGGUGGCGGAAGCAGCCAGGGCAACAGCGGCAGCGGGAGCAGUAGUGGCAGCCAAGCCAGCAGCCAAGCCAACAGCACCGCCAGCAGCAACGCCAGCGCCGGUAGCGGUGGAAGCGGUAAUGGCGGGAGCUGUGGUGGUGGAAGCAGUGGUGGCGGAAGCAGCCAGGGCAACAGCGGCAGCGGGAGCAGUAGUGGCAGCCAAGCCAGCAGCACCGCCAGCAGUACCGCCAGCAGCAACGCCAGCGGUGGUAGUGGUGGAAGCGGUGGUGGUGGAAGCAGUGGCGGUGGAAGCAGUGGUGGUGGAAGCAGUGGUGGCGGAAGCAGCCAGGGCAACAGUGGCAGCGGGAGCAGUAGUGGCAGCCAAGCCACCAGCCAAGCCACCAGCAACGCCAGCAGUGGUAGUAAUAGUGACAGUAGCAGUGGUAAUAGCGGCAAUGGGGGCAGUGGUUCCACAGGAGGUGGACAAGGUUGUGGCUGCACUCCAAAAUAGGUUUAAAAGAUCUUCAAGACUUUCAUUUUAUAAAUACAAAUGCGCCAAUAUUGACGCAUUCUGUAAUAAAUCAUCAAUACAAGCUGACGAAAAAUUAUGGCACACAAUGAAGGAUAUCGACUUUUUCAAGAGAUUAGUUCAAUAAGUAAAUUUUUUGGCAGUAUAUAACCAGUUGACUCGAUCUUAGUAAUAAUU